ACAUAGUGAAAGAAGGCAGCAGCUGAUAGAAUUUUGUAAGAUAUUUAUGGCUGAACAUUUCAUUUUCUUUCUACCUUCAAUUCAGAAUUUGAAAAAAGGUCUCUUCGCUAAAUUUCAGAAGAGCCUAAAGUAAAAUGAAAGAUUCGGAUAAUGUUGAUAAUGACGAUAAUACAAGAGCAGAUGAAAGUCUUCUAUCUAAGCCGGAAAAGAAACAUGAUAAACUGCCUAGACCUCUCAUUAAACAACCCUCAAUCAUCCCUAGAGUCUACAAGAGAAGAUGGUUAAUCCUUUUAAUUUUCUGCCUUUAUUCCCUAUCGAACGCUUAUCAAUGGAUACAUUUAAAUAUCAUAUCGAAUAUUAUAGAAAGCUACUAUAACUCAAGUUUACCAGAAAAGUUUUAUGAAAGAAGAGUUGCAAUUGAUUGGUUGUCAAUGCUGUAUAUGUUAGCUUAUAUACCUCUUAUCUUUCCCGCAACAUGGCUUCUAGAUAAAAAAGGAUUACGAAUGUGCGGAUUAUGUGGUGCAUUUUUGAACGCCUUGGGAGCUUGGGUCAAAGUAAUUGCUGUUCAUCCGGAAAGGUUUCCUAUUCUAAUGAUGGCCCAAGCGGUUUGCGCUGUUGCCCAAGUUUUUAUACUAGGUAUUCCCGCUCGUCUAGCAGCCGUUUGGUUUGGCCCCAAUGAAGUUAGUACUGCGACAGCACUGGGAGUUUUUGGUAAUCAAGUUGGUGUGGCCAUCGGAUUUUUAUUACCACCAGAAAUAGUACCGGAAGCUGCAGAUAAGGAAUUAAUGGGCAAAAGAUUUAAAUAUAUGAUGUAUGGAACUGCAGGAUUUACAACUUUAAUAUUUAUUCUUAUGGUUUUUUUAUUCAAAAAAUCGCCUCCAAUUCCCCCUUCCACUGCUCAAGCAAGGCUUCUCGAGGAAGUAGAAAACGAAAUGGCUGCGGAUUAUUUAGCAUCACUAAAGAGAUUGCUGCUUAAUAAGCCUUUUGUCCUCUUAGCUUUGACCUACGGAAUCAAUACAGGAUCGUAUUAUGCUAUUGGAACACUCUUAAAUCCUAUCAUCCUUGAAUAUUUUCCGAAUGAGGAAAUUGUCGCGGGUAGAAUAGGUCUGACUCUAGUAUUAGCUGGAGUAGCUGGGUCAAUUAUAGCUGGAUUUUGGUUAGAUAAAACGAAGUGGUAUAAGUCAACUACUGUUGGUAUAUACUUCUUAUCUUUCACUGGAAUGAUAAUUUUUACAUUAACGUUAAAGUUUCUUAGUAAAAUAUGGAUUGCCUUCCUUUGCUCUGGACUUUUAGGGUUUUUCAUGACUGGUUAUCUACCGGUAGGCUUCGAAUUUGCAGCCGAAAUUACCUAUCCAGAAAGCGAGGGUACCUCUUCUGGCUUAUUAAAUGCAUCUGCACAGGCCUUUGGUAUAGUUUCUACGAUGGGAAUGGGAAUUAUUAUAUCUAAAUUCGAUUCGUUUUACGCCAAUUUGGCUGUGUCAAUUUCCUUAUUGGUUGGAACCAUUGGAACUGGUAAUGAUAAAAAAUAAUAAUUUAAUGCAGUUCUACUAAAAUAUAUUGUCAAGAAAUAAUCCAUGUCCGUUCUAACAGUACUAAUCCAAUCUGAUUUAAAACGUCAAAGGGCCGGAACCUAUGAAGUUGAGGUAAAAAAAAUUUUACUCUUUCCUUCUAUAACUACGCAGAUAAUAAUUUCAUAUAUAUAAUAUAUAACUCUAUUUUACCCUUAGAAAUGAAAAUAAUCAUUUGUUUAUAUAAAUAUUUGUAUAGUAUAUGUAUACUUUUAACAGAUGGUGGUUCAAGACGAAGCUGUAACAUUGAAAGAAAAUGGUGUAGAAAUCCAUAACAAAUGUUCAGAAAAAAACAUUUAAAUGGGCAAAAAUUGGUAAAGAAUAAUAAAUAUGUCAGUUUUUUCCAUUUGCAAAAGGGAAUUUUUGUCAGUAGGAUUUGCCUAGUACUUUCUAUAUAUGUAUAUAUACGAUAUAUAUAUAUAUAUAUAUAUAU